AUGACGAAACUGGCUCAUACACACAAAUGUAUCAAUAAUUUAAAUAUCUAUCUAUCUAUCUAUCUAUCUAUCUAUCUAUCUAUCUAUCUAUCUAUCUAUCUCAAACUGUUCAUAUCUAUCUAUAUCUACCUCAGUUUGUUCAUAUCUAUCUAUCUAUCUAUCUUACUCUAUUCAUCUUUCUCAUUCUAUAUCUAUCUAUCUAUCUAUCUAUCUAUCUAUCUAUCUAUCUAUCUAUCUAUCUAUCUAUCUCUCACAGCCUCUAUCUUGCAUCUCUGUUGUAUCAGUAUGGAUCGGUAUCUUGCCAUCAUGUACCCACUAAAGUAUGACUCGCACAUGACCAAAGUCCGUGUCAUGGUAAUGCUUGUUCUUACAUGGGUUUCAUCCGUAUGUAUCUCGUACAUUCCAGUUCACUCUCAGCUAUACACAACCGAUGAGCACAUCCGUAACCUACAUAACGAAACGAAUACAUGUCCUUUCGUCGUAAAUACACAGUACGCCGUGGUAUCAUCUUUUAUUUCCUUCUGGAUCCCAGGAGCUAUCAUGGUGUUCCUGUACAUCAAGAUUUACUUAGAGGCGAGGCGUCAAGAACACGCGAUACAGUCGACCGUUAUGCUGCAUACAAAUUAUCACAGCGGUCUUUUAGCCAACGGCACCCGUUACACGGACCCUUCGGAGCAACGAAACGAAAGAAAACGAAUCAGACGCGAACACAAGGCGGCAAAAACUCUUGGAAUCAUUAUGGGGGCAUUCCUUGCCUGUUUUGUGCCAUUCUUUACUUGUUCACAGCAAUCUAUCUAUCUCUGUUCAUAUCUAUCUAUCUAUCUAUCUAUCUAUCUAUCUAUCUAUCUAUCUCAGUCUCUUAAUAUCUAUCUAUCUAUCUAUCUAUCUAUCUAUCUAUCUAUCUAUCUAUCUAUCUCAGUUCAUAUCUAUCUAUAUAUAUAUAUAUAUAUCUCAGUUCAUAUCUAUCUAUCUAUCUAUCUAUCUAUCUAUCUAUCUAUCUAUCUAUCUAUCUCAUUCAUAUCUAUCUAUCUAUCUAUCUAUCUAUCUAUCUAUCUAUCUCAGUUCAUAUCUAUCUAUCUAUCUAUCUAUCUCAGUUCAUUAUCUGUCUAUCUAUCUAUCUAUCUAUCUAUCUAUCUAUCUAUCUAUCUCAGUUCAUAUCUAUCUAUCUAUCUAUCUAUCUAUCUAUCUUAUUCUGGUCACAUAUCAAUUUCUCGCUCUCUUCUCCUUUCUCCGCUAUAA